CACGUCAGUGUAGAUUUAGUUUUUUUGUUAAUUUUUGACAAAUUAUUUCAUAUUAAUCAAUUAAUUUUGCCAAACUGUUUUUUUUUAAAUUAAUUAAAAUUCUAGAUGUAAGAGGAGAGGAAAAAAGAAGAAAAAGACAGAAACAGGUGGCUGGGGAUCUGUAGCCUCCAUCCCCCCACUGGCUACAACUUCUGGUUUAAUCUGUUCAGAGACGAUCAAAGGCUGAGACUUUGUCAGUUCAAAGGCAAAUUUCCAGAACUACGGGGGGUUUAAAUCUGAUAGCAGAAAAUGGGGGUUAUGUCCAGACGGGUUCUGCCUGCCUGUGGCAGCAUCUGUAUUUUCUGCCCGUCGCUGCGAGCUCGGUCAAGACAACCAGUGAAAAGAUAUAAGAAGCUCCUUGCAGAAAUAUUUCCUAAAAAUCAGGAAAUCGAGCCAAAUGACAGAAAGAUUGGGAAACUUUGUGAAUACGUAUCGAAGAACCCAUUACGAGUUCCUAAGAUAACCGAAUACCUGGAACAGCGAUUUUACAAGGAUUUACGGAAUGAGAAUGUUGGAUCAGCAAAGGUUGUGUUGUGCGUGUACAGGAAAUUUAUAUCUUCAUGUAAGGAACAGAUGCCACUGUUUGCUUGCAGUUUAUUAGGAAUAAUUCGUACUCUUCUAGAACAAACUUCUCAGGAGGAAAUGCAAAUACUAGGUUGCAAUGCCCUUGUCGACUUCUUAAAUGUCCAGGCGGAGAGCACAUAUAUGUUCAACAUAGAAGGUCUUGUUCCCAAACUUUGUCACCUAGCUCAAGAAGUCGGUAAUGAUGAUAGAUCUUUUUGUCUGCGGGCAGCUGGAUUGCAAGCACUUUCCUCAAUGGUUCAAUUUAUGGGUGAGCAGUCCCACAUUCCAAUGGAAUUCGACAAAAUCAUAUCAGCAAUUUUAGAUAAUUUUGGGGAUUCACAAAUUAUGCUUUUGAAUGGCAAGCUGGAUGGAAUAAUACGUGAUAGUUCAGAUCAAUGUAGCCGAGUAUCAACAACCAUAGACGAUAAUAAGCUGUCAUCUGCAAAUAUAUGCAAAGAUGCCACUUUUUCGAUGGACAUUAGCAACAUUAAACAACAAUUAGUACCACCAGUGAAUGCUUCAAAAAGUCCUUCUUAUUGGGCUAAGGUUUGCUUGUAUAACAUUGCUGGCUUAGCCAAGGAAGCUACAACCGUCAGGCGUGUGCUUGAACCCUUUUUCCAUAUCUUCGAUUCAGAAGACUGCUGGUCUCCUGAGAGGGGGCUUGCCUCUUCUGUCUUGAUGUAUAUGCAAGUGGUGUUAGAAGACUCAGCGGAAGAAAAUUCUCAUUUGUUACUAUCCAUCUUGGUGAAGCACUUGGAUCACAAAAAUGUUGCUAGGCAGCCUCUUAAACAGAUCAGUAUCAUUCAUGUCAUUAGGAAACUUGCUCAACUUGUUAAGCAACGGGCUUCAGCUGCCUUGACAGGUGCCUUGACUGACCUACUGAAACAUCUACGCAAGUGCAUGCAGUAUUCAGCAGACGCAUCUAGCUGUGGAAGUGGUGCAGAGAAAUUAAAUGCAGAUCUUCAGUCAGCAUUAGAAAAAUGUGUCUUUCAGCUGUCAAGUAAGGUUGGAGAUGUUGGGCCCGUUCUUGAUAUCAUGGCUGUGGUGCUUGAGAAUGUUCCAAAUAGCAAUAUUGUUGCCAGAACAACUAUCUUCUCUGUUUAUCGCACUGCUCGAAUAGUAGCCUCCCUACCCAAUAUAUCAUAUCACAAAAAGACUGUUCCCGAUGCUUUAUUUCACCAACUUCUUGUAGCCAUGGGCCACCCAGAUUAUGAAACUCGAAUUGGGGCACACCGCAUUUUGUCCUCUGUGCUUAUGCCUUCUUUGGUUUGCCCUUGGUCAGACCAAAACGAGCUGGCUUCACUAAACAGUUUUGGGCCUUCCUCCAUCCUUUCAACACUGGAAGAAAAAAGUGGAAGAUUUUCCAUUCCUGAGAAAAGUGAAGAGAAAGUACAAUCUAUGCGCACAAUGGAAGACAACCUGAGAUGUAAUGAUUUAAAAGAAUCUCGAGUUUGUCGAUCACAUAGUAAAUUACACAGUUUUGAGACUGCUAUGACCAAUGGCAAAAUGGAGCUUGCUUCACUUAGACUGAGUAGUCAUCAUGUCAGUCUCUUGCUUUCGUCUAUCUGGGCUCAGGCAACUUUUAGAGAAAAUACCCCUUCCAAUUUUGAAGCAAUGGCACAUACUUACAGUAUUGCUUUGCUAUUGACCCGGACCAAGACCUCCAGUCAUGUGGCUCUGGUAAGGUGUUUCCAGCUAGCAUUUUCUCUGAGAAGCAUAUCCCUUGAUCACGAAGGAGGUCUACAACCAUCUCGAAGAAGAUCUCUCUUCACCAUGGCAUCUAGCAUGCUUAUAUUUUCGGCAAGAGCAGGCAAUCUUCCAGAGUUGAUCCCUAUUGUUAAAUCAUCUUUGACAGAUAUAACUGUUGAUCCUUAUCUUGAGUUGGUUGACAAUAUCAGACUCCAAGCAGUCAUCCAGAAUCCAGUUGAUGGUGGAAGGACCUAUGGAUCAGAGGAAGAUGAUUUUGCUGCAUUGAAGUCUCUUUCAGCAAUAGAAUCAGAUGAACAAUUGAAAGAAAUCGUCUUAUCUCACUUGAUGUAUAAAUUUGAGAAGUUACCAGAGGAUGAAUUAUCUGGCAUCAAGAAGCAAAUUUUACAGGGAUUUUCACCUGAUGAGUCAUAUUCUUUGGGUGUUCCAUUGUUUAUGGAGACACCACAACAUUGCUCCCCACUUGCACACCUGGACUUUCAAUCUUCUGAUGAGGUGGGUACUUCGUUGUUUGAAGAAGCCUUACCUGAUGCUAGUGGAAGCCAAUCUGGUCGCAAGACAUCAAUUUCCUCCAAUUCACUAGACAUUCUUAAUGUGAAUCAGCUUCUUGAGUCGGUGUUGGAAACAGCUCAACAAGUGGCUAGCUUGCCUACCUCCAACAGCCUGAUAUCGUAUGACCAAGUGAAAAACCAAUGUGAGGCCCUUGUGACUGGUAAGCAGCAAAAGAUGUCUGUGCUUCAAAGCUUCAAGAAGCAACAGGAAGCCAAAGCUAUUGUUCUUACCAGUGACACUGAGAUGAAAAGUGCCGCAAUUAUGGAUACGCCUAUGGAGGAAGAACCUAUUCCAGAUUCGGUAGGCAAAGAAAUGAUUCAACACAAUGAUCAGAUGUAUCCUUGUUCAUUGGAGUACGGAUAUCAGUCUUUCCGGUUACCACCUGCAAGCCCUUAUGAUAAGUUUUUGAAAGCAGCCGGAUGCUAAAGUGAACAGGUUAACUAACUCUGUGUAUUUCAUAUUUUCAUGUAUGUAGCAUAGCAUAAUAAAUUCCUAUUUAUUUAUUUUUCUCUUAUAAUCUCCAUUUCUUUUGAAGUUUUCCAUAAGUUAAUUAUUUAAUUCUUUGUAAUGGAAUGUUAUGGUUAUAAUGUUAUAUAGCGGUACAAGUUGAAAUAUUAAUAUUGUUUAUUUAUUGGUCGAA